AUGGAUCAAAUAUCUUGUAUUUUAGGACAUCCUGAAGGUUCUGUGAAACCUGAAGUACUUCUUGCAUAUGCAGUUGUAGCAUUAUCCGUAUCAAUAUUCGUUAAUUGGGCAUUAGCAGUACUACUAUUUGCUCUUAAACCAUUUACCUCUAUAUUGAUGGCAUUCAUAAGACCAGAUUUAGCUCGAAAUUUCAUGCAAGAAGAUUAUUUAAAACUUAUUUUGGAAAAGGCAAAUAUAUUUUUUUUUGGAUUUGUGGAUUUUGUUAUACGAUUGGGACAACAGUUUCAUGAUAAAUUUCAUUAA